AUGAGUAAAACAGCUCCGAUUAUAAAAAAUGUAAUACAUACAGGCCAAAAAUAUGUGCCCAUAGUAGAUGGAAGUAAGGUACACUUUCAUUUUCAAACAUGGAAGCUAGGAAAAGAAAGGAUCUUAGUAGAUGAUAGUAGAAAAAUUGGUAAAAGAGAGCCAAUGGUACUUGUUAUAGGACACAAAUUCAAAUUAGAAGUUUGGGAGACCAUUGUAAAAAUGAUGGCUGUGGGAGAAGUGGCAAGUUUUCAAAUAAAAAAAGAGUUAAUAUAUAGCUAUCCAUUUGUUUCAAAGACCCUCCGUGAACUAGGUCAGGAGCAAAGACGAACACACACUUGUACCAUGACAUUGCACACUGAGGGUAUUGGAUAUCCUGAUUUGGAUGAAUUGAUUAAUAAUCCCUGUGACUUAGAAUUUAUUAUAGAAAUAUUAAAAGUUGAAACAUCCAAUGAAUAUGAAAAAGAACUGUGGCAGCUGAGCAGUGAAGAGAGAUUAAAACUAGUUCCUGAACUUAAGGAAAAGGGUAACAAGUUGUAUGGACAAAAAUUAUAUGAUGAAGCAGAAGAUGCUUACACUCAGGCUAUAGCAAUUUGUGAACAGCUAAUGAUAAGAGAGAGAAAAUGUGAUGAUGAAUGGAUAAGUUUAAAUAAAAUAAAACUUCCAAUUCUUCUUAACUUUGCUCAAUGCAAAUUAGUUAAAGGAGAAUACUAUGCAGUCAUAGAACACUGUAACACUGUUCUGGAAUAUGAAAAAGAUAAUGAAAAAGCAUUAUAUAGAAGAGCUAAAGCACACGUGGGUGCCUGGAAUCCAGAUGCAGCUGAGGAAGAUUUUAAAACACUGAAGUCUCUUGAUCCAACUAUGGCAUCAAUUAUAGAUAAGGAAUUAGAAAACAUUAAGCAGUUAAGGAAAGAGAAAACGGAACAAGAUAAAAAUUAUUUGAAACACUUAUUUGUUCCUGAAAAUAAAUAUUCA